AUGCUCAACCGCUCACAUGUUUUAGAUUCCCUCCAGCAAAUGCACAUCAUACCUCGUGACGAUUCUCCGACACCACCUCCAUCUCCAAAUCACCCAACUGGACCUAUGGGAGCAGGCAAUCCGAUGCUUCAGAUGACCCCCGAGCAAGUCGCAGAGAUGUUUACUAUGUGGCAGAGGGCUCAAGCAGGCAACCAGAGCAGCGAGUCGAAGGUCAAGAAGGAGCGUAGUGAGAAGCGGCCCAUGAGCGAUGCGGAAGAGAAACCAUCAAAGAAGUUCAAAGUAGACGAGAAUGGGGUCGUAGAUCUGAUCAGUGAUGAUGACGAGGAAGUUGAAGAACAAGACGAAGAACAGAACGAAGGUGAGGACGAGGCGAAUGCAGCUACUGAUACACCAGGAAGCAACGAAAAUUACAGCGCGCGUCGCCGUAAUGUUAUGGAGGACAGCGAUAGUGACGAUGACUGUUUUGCAGCUAAUGUACCAGGAAGGUACAGAGAUCACUGGGCUCGUCGUCGCGGCGGCGUGAAGUACACGGAUGUUGACGACGACCAAGGUCUGUUUGUCGCACAAGAAGAUUAUUGA